GGCAGCUGUGCGUCCAAUUUUGAAGGAGGCACUUCCGAUUUCCCAACUCUAUGGCAGAGAAACCGAAAGCAGUGCGAGUUUUGUACUGCGGCGUUUGCUCUCUUCCGUCGGACUACUGUGAAUUUGGAUCCGAUUUUGAGAAGUGAAAUCCAUGGCUCGUCAAGAACGCCCCCGACGUCUACCCUGAUCUUCUCAAAGAUGCUAAUGAAAAGGACAUUGACAAGGUUUUUUAUUGUCUUCAACCUCUUGGCAUCUCACUCGAUGGCACUGGUGAUGGGGCUGCCUCAUCUACUCAAUCUAGUAAAAGGACAUCAGCAUCGAAAGCUGAAGAAGUUAAACAUCUUCCCGGUGGCAAAAUAA